AUGUUGUUCCGGUGGUUGGUAGUCGCUUUCGCGCAGGGUGUCAGGGCCAACCUCGAGGAAGAACGGUGUGUGACGGCUGUUUACACGGCAUACAACUACAUCUCGUUUGAUGGCCUUGCUACAAAAGUCAAAGGAACAUGGGAAUCAAAAUGUCGGAAUCCACUCAAAGUCGCAUCGAUAUACGCCGCAUCCGAGAUGUAUUGCAAUGAGCGAGAACGGGCAGUGGGCCUGGCCCAGCUGGCCGACCAGUGCCAAGAAUUUGGGAAUCUAGAGCUGCUGCCGAGAGAAGCGGUUGCCGAUAAUCUGACAGAGGAUGCAAUAAGAAAAAUGACAACGGUCGACUAUCAAGAUUUGUCGCGAGGCAGAUCAGUAAAUGUGCCUGUUCUGCUUUCUCCAUCUUACUUUGAUCUGAUGUUUAAUACGCUUGAUUCUUGGGCAUUUGAGACUUGGUCGCAUCAUGCAUUUGGUUAUAUUGGCUACGCAUAUUGGGGUGGCAUAAUGUCACUGGGGAUGAUUUAUCGCUUGAGUGAUUGGUUAUUCCACCGCCCACAACGUCGUACAGAGCGUGCACUUGAAUCCAACGUGUAUCCCUUCACUAAAUUGUUAAAACAGGUUCCGUGGGUGGGAGCGGGUCUUCAAUGGAUCCAGACUCACCUGAUCAUUCCCACCCCUUUAGCAACAACACACGGGCGACGCCUGCUAGGCUUCACAUUCUCCACCAGAGUCGAGGCGCUCAUAGUCGUGGGAUUCUGGAUGAUCAGCAUCUUGUUGAGUGUUGUGGGCUAUCGCACAUUUCCUGGAAAUAUUUACUGGCCCGAUGUGCCAAGCCAGAUUCUGCGUUAUUCUGCAGACCGCACUGGGAUCAUGUCAUUUGCGAAUUUGCCCCUUUUAUGGCUCUUUGGGGGACGAAACAACAUCUUCCUGUGGUCCACCGGAUGGAGCUUUGCAACGUUUAACCUAUUCCAUCGUCAUGUGGCCCGGGUGGCUACUGUACAGGCAAUUGUGCACUCUGUCCUAUACGUUGUGAUUUUUAUUCAAACGGGCAAAGUUUGGAGGAAUAUGUCCAAGACCUAUGUUUUGUGGGGUAUUUUGGGCACAUUCGUGAUGAUUCUCCUAUUGAUCACCUCCUUGGAUCGAAUUCGUAUUGCCACAUAUGAGCUCUUCUUGAUCGCUCAUGUUGUUCUUUCCAUUCUCACUCUUAUAGCGUGCUUUUACCACACGGUCGUAUUUGAAGGGAAUGAAUACUGGAAAUACCUAUGGCCCUCGGUAGCGAUAUGGGUUAUUGAUCGCUUCCUUCGAAUUGUGCGACUGUGUUACUGUAACCUGCACGUGAGUGUUUCAAGCAGACGACUUGUCAAGGUUUCUGAGAGCUGCAUGGUUUACGACGAAACGGCCGACGUGGUGCGGUUGGAGGUCAGACCAGGAAUGCCUUUGCUCCAACCCUCACCAGGACAGUACUACUUUUUAUACCAGCCGUUUCGGUUCUCGGGUUGGGAGAGUCAUCCGUUUACUGUCGGGGCUUGGUCUUACGAGAUAGGGGAUCGGACGUCAUUGGCACCGCCAUUCGAGGGAAAUCUGAUUAAAUCACUUGACGUUUCGAAUGUGCCUCUUCUUGCAGGCGGUGCCUCCGACCGAGAUUACCAAGGCAACUCCGAAAGUGGCUCUUCGGGUGAAAAAGAAUUGUCGAAGUUGAAAUUGACUUUCUGGGUCCGCCCAUAUGACGGUUGGACAAAAAAGUUGCGGCAGCAAUGUCUGAGCUCACCGGCCAAGACAAGCGAAACAACUAUCCUCCUUGAAGGCCCUUAUGGAGACACUUUUCCACUAUGGAGGUAUGAAUCGGUCUUAUUUCUUGUCGGUGGGACUGGAAUAGCGUCAGCUGUACCCUAUAUUCAAGAUCAUCUCCGCCGAUCUGUCGAAGAAUGGAAUGGAAGGCUUGGAGAUGAGAAAACAUGCGUACGGGACAUGGAGCUUGUUUGGACUGCUAAACAAGCGAGAUUUAUUCGAGAUGUAUCUCGUCGGGAACUGAAAGAAGCCCUCAAACGAGAAGACUUCAGUGCAUCUUUCUAUGCUAUGCGUGAUUUCGCCACAUCCUCCGAAGAUCCAACCGAUUUUGGAAUCGAAAUCCAGUCAGGUCGACCUAACCUUCAAUCCCUGAUCAUAAGCCGGGCCAGCGAAACAUGCUCAGCUGGUACUAGCCUUGCGAUCCUCGUAUGUGGCCCACCAAGAAUGGCGGAUGAAGCGCGCGCCGCGACACAUCUUGCGAUGCGACAAGGCUACCGCUCUAUCAAAUUCGUGGAAGAGUCUUUUACGUGGUAG